AAACUUAAACGGCUGCCGGCCAACGGCUGUUGCUGCUUUGCUCUCUCGUCGGCGUGUGUACAUUUUUCGCGGCUCGUCGUUGGCGAAUAAAAAAGAAAGUGAAAAUAUUUAGACGUAGAAGUGCAAUAGUUUCUGAAAUACGUAUCAACAUCGAAGUGCUCGCGAUAAUACGAUAACCCCUUGUGUGGCUGCGAAAAGCGGUCAGGACCUGAUUUAAUCAAGUGCCCACAAUAUACAAACUUCCAAACUUUACAAGAUGAAUGAUACGCGCAAUAAAAAAGAGAAAAAUCAGCAUAUCCAAGUCUUCGCUCGAGUAAGACCUCUGAACAAUGCGGAAAAAACAAGCAAGUCUCCAGUGGUGGUUGAUGUGCCAUCUAACAAAGAAAUCAUUGUUAAAGAAAGGCCACAAGAUAAGCUAACAAAAAAAUUUACAUUUGAUAAAACAUUUGGACCAUUGUCUAAACAGAUUGAUGUUUACAAUGCUGUUGUUAGUCCGCUUCUUGAUGAAGUUUUGGCUGGUUACAAUUGUACUGUUUUUGCAUAUGGACAAACGGGCACUGGAAAAACUUUUACAAUGGAAGGAGCUUGUAAUGACCCCUCAUUACAUUGGCAAACAGAUUCUGCAGCUGGUAUAAUUCCAAGGGCAUUGAGUCAUUUGUUUGAUGAAUUGAGGAUGUUAGAAGCCCAGGAAUAUUCUGUUAGAGUGAGUUUCUUAGAACUAUACAAUGAAGAGCUGUUUGAUCUUUUAUCCCCAAAUGAUGAUGCUUCAAAAAUCAGAAUUUUUGAAGAUGCAUCAAGAAAAGGUGCAAUAAUUAUUCAUGGCUUAGAAGAAGUUACAGUACACAAUAAAUCUGAAGUGUACAAAAUUUUGGAAAAAGGAUCUGAGAAACGCCAAACUGCUGCCACUUUAAUGAAUGCUCACUCAAGUCGUUCUCAUACAGUAUUUUCUAUAACUGUUCACAUUAAAGAAAAUACAGUAGAUGGAGAAGAAUUACUCAAAACAGGAAAACUUAACUUAGUAGAUUUAGCUGGCAGUGAAAAUGUUGGAAGAUCUGGCGCAGUUGAUAGAAGAGCUAGAGAAGCUGGCAAUAUUAAUCAGUCACUUUUAACUCUCGGAAGAGUUAUCACUGCCUUGGUUGAGAGGGCCCCUCAUGUACCAUAUAGAGAAUCCAAAUUGACAAGACUGCUUCAAGAGUCACUUGGUGGUAGAACAAAAACUUCUAUCAUAGCUACAAUAUCUCCUGCAAGUAUCAAUAUAGAAGAAACCCUUUCUACUUUGGAUUAUGCCCAUAGAGCCAAAAACAUUACAAAUCGACCUGAAAUCAAUCAAAAGCUUUCAAAGAAAGCUUUAUUAAAAGAAUAUACUGAAGAAAUUGAAAGAUUACGACGCGAUUUGCUAGCAACACGUGAACGUAAUGGUGUAUAUUUAGCUCAAGAAAAUUAUAAUGAAAUGCAAUCAACAAUUGAAGCUCAGGGUAAAGAAAUUGAAGAAAAGAUCAAUCAUAUAAAAGCUCUAGAAGAAACAAUGCGAGAUAAAGAGAAAAUUUUUGAAGAUAUGAAAGUGGAAUUUGAAACUACAACUCAUACUUUGGUUAAAACAAAAGAAAAAUUAAUAUCUACAAAAAAUGAUUUAAUCACAACUAAAACGGAAUUGCAUGAAACUACUUAUGACAGAGAUUUGCAUAAACAUUUAGUAGAAAAACAUGUUUCAACGGAACAGGAGCUUUUAAAUCAAGCUAAAACAUUAUUAAAUGUUGCUGAAACGGCGACUACUGACACAGUAAAACUACAUGAGAAAAUUGAUCGGAAAAAACGAGUAGAAGAAGAAAAUGAAAAUUUAGGUCAACAGUUUAAGCAUAAAAUGAUGAACCGUUUUGAAAGCAUGCAAAAAGAUUUAAACAGUUAUGGUGAAGAACUAUCUAGUUUUUGUUCUUCUCUUAAAACCCAAAUAGAAUCUGUAGCCAAUCAUCAAAACAAUGUAAUUAAUGUUACUCUUAAUCACAUUGGGAAUGAUCUUGUUCAACAAGAAAAAGUCAUUUCUAAUAACCUGGUUACGAGUACACAUAGUUUACAUGACGAAUAUCAUUCUUGGAUACUUACGCAAGUUGAAAAAACUACUGAUGUGACACAACAGGAACGUUGGGCACUUCAAAAUAUCGUAAAUAAAAUAUCACCGAAAAUUCGAGAACUUGUCGAGAAUAAAGUUACUGAAAAUUUGAGGGCUUUGCAUAAUGAAACAGCACUAAAACUGAUGAACCUUUCUAAUACUGUUAAGAAAUCAAUGGAUGACUAUUGCAGGGAUUUAUUAGAAGAUCGAGAUAAUUUGACCAAAGAGAUUCAGGAUUUAAAAAAAACCGUACAAGUUGCAGUUGAAAGUCAAAAUCGAGUAGUUAAUAAUGAACAAGCUUUUGCAAAAAUGUUUACGGAUUUAAAAUUACAAUUUGAUAAUACCUGGAAAAAGUAUGAAACAUUAUCUGGAGACAAUAAGUAUAAUCAUUCCACUGUAAUAAACAAAUUUCAAGAAAUUCAAGCUCAAAGUGAUAAAAUUAUUGAAAUCAAUAAUGAAAAAUAUUCUAACAACUUGAGCAAAGAGAAGGCAAUUGAGAAUCAAAUUGAAAAUCAGGCCAACCAAAUCAGAAAAGAAGUUUCAACUGCUUUAGAAUAUAACUGGAAUUUGGCUGAGAGUUCAAUAGUUCAAAGUAUUGGAGUAAUAAAUCAAUUAGAAGGAGACAUCAAUGCAUCUCGUCAAGCUUUGUCAUCUUUCAAAGAUACCACUGAGUCAUGCGCUAAAGAUUUGCAACUUAAAUUUGAUCAAGAAAAAGAAGCAAUACUAUCAACAGCGCAGGAUUAUCAUCAAAUGAUUUCAAAUGCAAGUGAAAAACAUACGCGAUUCAUGGAAGAACAGCGUACGGUGACACUCAAUAAUUUAGGUGCGAUGAAUUCUAAAGUUGAUGACGAAGUUUCCACAUCAUCUGACUGGCAAAACAAAUUAUCUUCAGGGUUACAUGAAACUUAUGGAACCAUUGACAAGUUUAUUUCAGAAGACCUUCAUCAUGAUGUCCCAACAGGUACGACUCCAGCUCGGCGAGACUUUCAUUUCCCACGAUCGUUGGUUGCGACUUCACCACAUGAUAGGAUUAUCAAGAGAUUCCGCGAAAUCACUAAACCCCACGAAUAUUCAGACACUGAAGAUGAUAAUACCAUUAUAGAAAUGUCGUCUCCGGCUUUAAAUGGCAGAAAUAGUGUAAUAUCUACGACGUCUCCAAUGCCAACCAAAAUAAAUCAUGUAACAACAUCUACACCUCGUAGUGCAUCAAAAUUAAGAAUUCCCGUAAUGUAUAGUAGUAAUAAUUGUAGUCUUAUAAAAUCUGCUUCAACUUCAGAUCUCUCUCUCGCCGCUAAAGCGCAACUUGAUUCAACAACUAUGUCUGAGUCCGGAGUAGGAAAAGUUCGAGACAAUAAAGAGAACGGAGAUGAUGAAUUUGUGAAACCUGAUAAGAAGCCUAAGCGAUUAUCUAAGACUAGAAGCUUGAAUAGAAGGGUUCUUGGAUCUUAUAAUUAGAAAUUUGUAAAUCUUAAUUACAGGUAUGAUGGCAUCCGGCAUACGAUUGAAAAUUGUAAUAUUUAAAUUUAAAUGAUUUUGUUUGUCAAAGAAUCUAAUUAGUUAAGUAGAUUGUAGAUGUUUUUAUCAGCACGCAUGACAUUGUUUCGAGGCAGAUAUGUUGCGAGUCAGUUUGUAGAACUUCUCGGCAAUUGAAAAAACAUACUUAUUUUAUACGUAUGUACUCAAUAAAAUAUAUUUUGACGCAUCGUUACCUUUUUUGUCAACGUUUUUUCACUUGAAUAAGUUUUCAAAAAUGUAAAAAGUGUUGUUGACAUCAAACAAUUUUGAUUGAGCUCUUUUUCAUUUCAACGGGCCAAAAUGAUGUAUUUAUCAAAAACAGCUGUAUGUUAUUAAAUAGUCUAAUUUUUUUCAUUUUUAUAAGUGUAUAUAAUUAUAUACUAAGUCAACGGCUUGCUUGAUUCAAAUUGUCAUUAUGUCCUCUCAAACCAUUUGUAGUGCGAUUUUUCCGAUUUUAUAUCUCUUAUAAAUUCUGCAAUAGACCCGAGAAAGUUUUAUGUUAAACUCGGGGUAUGCAAUAAACUUGUUUUUGUUUGGUAUUGUAAAAUUCUGAUACCGGUUGGAAUCUCAUUAUUUUAUAUCGUCACUGCUCAAAAAAAUUUUCGAUAAAGAAAAGACCAAUUUUAUAUUAA